AGAUUAAAAUCAGUAACGUAAGGUGAGUCGGGACGAGUAGAUAUGGCAAGUAUAGUUCUCAGUCCAAGUCCACUAAACGUUGCACUUGGGGGACAAAAUCAACUUGGCAUGGGAUUUCAAGGUGUAACCAGCUGCAAAGUAGUUGGAGCAGAUCCGAAUCUAAUGGAAAUAUCGCCAUUCAUUUUUACUGGCUUCAAGUCAGGAUUUUUUAGGAUCAGCUUGAAACCAGCGGCGUCCGUUGGUCUACUUUCGGCAAUACAUCUCCUCUGUAUGACUAUUUUCAACGGUGAAAUUAAGUCGAAUUCUAUUGAAGUACACGGAAUUGAUAAUAGCAUUAUGGGUGAUCCUCAUUUUUUUCAAGUCGUUUUCGAUUCAAAGAAAAAUUCAACAGAAUCUAUUUGCUAUGAUGUUACUGGUAAAUCAGGCCAAUUGAUAGUUAUCGCUAGUAAAAGUGAUCCAGGGAUAACUGUUUUUGGAAGAUUAAAAGAUGAUUAUUAUAUGCACGAAAUUAUUAUAGCAAAAUUGGAUAAAAAUUUAACUAUUAGUUUGAAAGGGAUCCGAUUUGGUGAUAAAGAGAUAGAGUGGCUGUCAUCUUGGACCAAAGAAUUGCGUGUGGCAGAUUUUACAUAUAAAAUGACAAAUAGUCGUGUAGACGUUAAUGUAGUUACCAAAGAUUUUCCUACUAUGUCUGUAACAAGAGGAGUACACGGAAUUUCAAGUAUGCAUCUUAAUGUUGAAUUUAGUACCACGGAUACUAUAGAGGGUGGUCUAAUGGGUCAUGUGAAUAGAAACAAUUAUCAAUUCUUUAACAGCGUACAACGAUUUUCUGCUUAUGGAGCUGUAAAAGUAAAUAGUAUCAUGGCGCCGGCUUGGCUAAAAACAAUGGGACAUCAAUCGUGCUGGUAUAUGGCUCUUAAGAAUCUUCUAGCGCCAUCUACCAUCAAAGAUUACAUACGUGACUAA